AUGGAGUUUCUCCAACUACAAGGCCCAGCAAAGCUUCAACAAGUUACAAAGUUGCUUGAUUCUCUCAAAACGGAUUUGCAGGAGAAGCAGCUCACACCGGCACAAAGAGUGCAGACUCUUCUCCAGCUGCGCCAGCUCGGCACGAACCCCACCGACGCCGGACCGAUCUACUGCAACGAUGGAAUUAAGAUACUAGCGCGCUAUGGUAUUGAAGGAGAGUCGGCCGAUGUGCGCCGCGCCGCCUUACGCUGUGUGGCUAAUGCACUCCUCCUCGACUCCAAAAUGCGCCAGGUCUUUGUGAACACAGGACUUGCGGGCAAAUUGGCGGAAAGACUGAAGGUUGACAAUUCAGAAGAUGAAAUGGUCAUGAGCCGAAUCCUAUUUCUAUCAACAUACGACACCAAUCUUGAUUUCGAGCUCUUGAUCAAGAAGCAUGCCCUUGGUGACAAUGUCAACUACCAACUCGCUCGCCAUGCCAAGCAAUUCCCCAAGUCGGGCAGACAGCCUCUGUCCCAAAUGGACGAAUUGGCCUUGAUAGACACCUUGAAACUUAUCUUCAACGUUUCGAAGAUCUAUCCAGACCUCGCGGUCACAUUCUCUCCUUCGAUACCACACGUUCUCAAGAUCAUCAGCCGCAUGGAUAUCCCCACAAAGCCUCUGGAAGGCCUGGUCAGCUACUUGAUUAACUCUUUGUCAGUUCUUGAUCUGGAAGAGAAGAAGAGCAAAUUGAUCAACAUCCUUGACCAAGCAGUGUCAGUAUACAGCCCUGAACAGCUUGAAGAGAAGGCCGUGCCAUUAUUACACUCCCUCAUCGUUGUCCAUGAAGUCGCCCCCGAUGGACCGCGCAAAUAUAUGCAGUGGCUUCUGCUGCCAGAGGACAGCGACCGCAGCUUGCCUAUUGGACAGACCGACACACUUUCAUCGCGACUAUUGAAGCUUUCGACCAGCCCUUACCCGAAACUUAAGACUGGAAUCUCCGAGCUCAUGUUUGUGCUCUCUGGAAAGGAUGCAGAAAACCUCACAAGGAGGAUCGGUUAUGGCUUCGCUGCGGGAUUUUUGGCGUCUCGUGGUAUGGAGAUCCCACAGAGUGCCGGCGAGGCAUAUGCCGAGAAUGGGGGUGACGCAUCGGUCAAUCCGAUCACUGGCCAGCGCUGGGCGUCAGAGCCAAAGGAUAAUGGUCCACCUAUGACGAUGGAAGAGAAGGAGAGGGAAGCAGAGAGACUAUUCGUUCUAUUUGAAAGGGCGAAAGCAAAUGGUCUUUUGACCGUGGAGAACCCUGUGGCUCAGGCUCUUCACGAAGGAAGAUUCGAGGAAUUACCUGACGAUGCUGAUAGUGAUUGA